CCAGUUGCUCUCAUAUAUAAAAUGGGCUCUGUGCGCUUUACUAGUAAAUAAAAAUAUACUCCACUUCCCUAAACUACUUUAACAAAAUAGUUGCUAGCUUUUAUAAAAAGAAGAAAAAGAAAUCAACUUUCUCAUGGAUCAUGGAGAAAAUUCUCACAGUUAUUCUAGACCUGCAGUCUGGGCCUCAUUUCAUAGGUUCGUUAUGGUUGUGCUUCAAGUCUUGCGUUUACUCAAGUCAAUGAGGCGGCUAUGCAUUGAUCCAGCUGCUGCAAAAUUUGAACCGGAAACUGACGAGAUCUCUACCAGCUGCCCAAGGAAAAAGCAGGAAAACUUCAAUUCUUGUGAUGAUCACUGUGAGUCGCGGCGUUUAAAAUUGAAGUUUUCAAACAACAUAAAUGGUCCAAUUUAUACUGGGCGACCCGUUGGGGGAGAUCCGGGCAGCACCUUAAAUUUAGAUUUAGUAGAUUGCCGUACUGAGAAUCUUGUUAAAUAUGGGUCUGAAGCAUCGUUAAAGGUGGAAAUAGUUGCCCUAGAGAAGGAAGCAUUCAGAAAAGCUACAAGUUGGCCUGAUGGGAAAUCACUGAUUCGCGGAGAUCCUCAUGUCAACUUGAAAGAUGGCAGUGUUUCUGUAAGUCAUAUUUCAUUCAAACAUACUAGAGUACCUAUGAAAAAACGUGAGCUGAGACUAGGUGCAAGAGCGGUUUAUCCCUGCGAUAUUGGAGCUCGAAUUAUGGAAGCAGUCACUGAAUCAUUUUUUGUGAUUGAUCGUCGUUCCAUACCCAAGAGCAAGAGGCCCCUAAAACUUGAUGAUCAAGUAUGGAACCUGCAAACGAUUGGCAAAGGCGGUGCUUUCCAUGAUCGUUUGUUGAAGGAAAACAUUAAAACUGUCAGGGACUUCUUAACUCACUACUUUUUGAACCGUGAAAAGCUUCUCAAAAUCCUUGGCAGGCAUAUGCAAGUUAAGAAAUUGGAUGCAGCAGUAAAUCUGGCAAAGAGUAAGCUGGACUUGAAAAGAUACAUGUAUCCUUCUGCCCAUCUCCACGAAAAUCCCCAAGUGGUAUUUACCGAUGUGGGAGAAUUGAUUGGAGUAUUCCACCAAAAGGGUCAGUUCGUGUCUGUCGAACGCCUCACUCAAACUCAAAAGGCUUCUGGAAUGGAAGUGGUAAAAAGAGCAUUCCAUGAUGGGCACCAGAAUUUCAAGGCUUUAUUGGAUGAUGAUAGUUUUAAAAUGCUUUGCUCUUGUAGUUCACCAAAUAAAGCGAUUGAUCUUGAUGGCUCUAAUGGAUUCUCUUCCGAAGCUUAUAAUAUUCCAACCGACGCAAAGCAGCUGCAGCCAGUGCCUAAUGAUGCUAAUUACAUGCCAAGCACAAGUUCAGUAGUAAAUAAUUAUUGUGAUUAUACAAACCAAGUCAAUAGCUUUGAUUCAGAUGAUAACGACUUCAACUACCAAGCUCUUCCUGCAAAUAUUUGGGAUUAUAUUUAGAUCACUAAUUGUUUCAUUUUGGUUAAUCUGUUCUAUAGCUUUUUCUUUUUCUUUUCUUUUUUUUGUGUGUGGGGUGGGGGUUCAGUGAAAAUUACAUAAUUAUAGUAGGCUUGAAGAUGUCUGAAUGUGUUAUUGUACAUGUAACUCUCUGUCAUUUUAUAUUUUACAUAUAUAAAUUCUAAAAGGUUAAAUUAUUUGUUUAA